AUGAUCGUCGAUCUUGGUGAAUCUACCAAAUUCACUCAGUCCAUGUGCGAAAAAACUUCUGUCAUCGGCUUAGGUAUUGUCCUUACAAAAAAAGAAAUAAACGGCCCGGAUACCACCUCCAGUUCUGGUAGCAAAAUUCUGCAAGUCAUUAUGCAACAUACUGACUACGAUCCUGUGGCCAAAGCUCAGGUUGAAUUUAAAACUAUGUAUCAUAUCGGAGGCCGGAAAAAUUUGGCAAACACCUUUGGCCUCUUUCAACUCAGUCGUGAAAUCCUCAUUUCUGGCAACAUUGUCGGCUACACUGAGCAGGACUACAUGUGGAUUGUUGCUGCUAUUUCUGUGUCAGUCACUUCGGGUCAUCAAUCAAACGUUAGUCAGCUAAGUCGACCGAGCGAAAGGCCGCAACCAUACACUCGCCGCCCUGGACUAAUUUUGAUUGAGGACUCUUCACCUGCUGAAGGUUCUUCUUUGUCUCCAAACAACUAUGGUAUUGGACCCUCCGAUCGUGACAACAUGGCUGAACCUGAGCCAUUUCCGAAUCUUUCAACCGAUUUGCCUGAUGUCUCAAAUGACAACUACUACGAAUCUAUUCCCUCUACUACGGGAAAGAAAAGGACUAAAAGAGCUAUCUUAGCUGAUGCCAAACGUGCUGCUAAGGCAUCGACCUCUUUGACUCCAUAUUGA